AUGGCCACCUACCUAAUCACUCAAGCAACCGGCCAGCAAAGCCGCUGGGUUAUAUCGCACCUACUUGCAGCUGGUGCUAAAGUUCAUGCGGUAGUGCGUGACCUUCAGAAAGUUCCCCCAAUACUACAGAGCCCAGGCGUCACUCUCUUUCCGGGAGAAAGCAAGAAUUUCGAAGAUAUCUUUCAAGCAGCACAAGGAUGCAAGGGUGUCUUCCUCAACACUGUCCCUUUCCCAGGAUUGGAAGCUCUACAGGCCAAGACUGUCGUCGAAGCCUGUCAGAAAGCAGGCGUUGAAAGGAUUGUUGUAGCCACGACCCACGGCACAGCAAACAAAGCAAUGUGGGACGAUGAUGCAAGCAAAGCAAUUCAUCUGGACCAAUACUACUCCCUCAAGGCAACAGUCGAGGACAUCGUCCGAAGUGGUGGUUUCCAGGCUUACACCAUUCUUCGGCCGGCAGUUAUCCACCACGACUUCUACUUGCCAGGGGUCCAUGAAAACUUCCCUCGGCUUCCGACUCACGGAGACCUAGACCACCUUCUCGAGGAUGGUGUCAAGGUGCCUUACACAGAUGCAAACGACAUUGGGAAGUACGCCGCCGCAGCUCUACAGGACCCGGCCAAGUUUGGUGGUCAGGAGAUCGAUCUCGGUAAUGAGCUCCUGACCAUUGAAGAGGUGCGCGAUAUCCUCAUCAGAGUCAGCGGCAGACAAGUGCGAGCAAUCAAGCGGACUCCCAAGGAGGUGGAGGAAAUGGGCAUCAGCGUCUUCGGCCAGGCAUUCCAUCUUAUGGCAAAUAUCAAGGAUCUCACCUGGACUACAUCCCUCGCCAAAGAGAACCAGGGAAAAUAUGAAAUAGCCUUCACUUCAGUUGAAGCGGCUUUACAGAGGGACAGGGAUCUCCUCUUGGAAUGCCUGCCAGCCGAAUUUCCUUGCUGA